UAUCUGUACCGAACAACACUCGGUGGCCACAAAAGCUCGAUUCGGCGCCAUCGAAAAAGUGGUUCUGAAGUCUAUGACUGGAGACACAUCGAUUGUACCGUGUAGAGAUGGGCGUUCACGGCUGGAAUUGGUUUCUGAAGGAGGAAGGAUGGUUGCCGGAUACGCGGCAAUCGUGUUGCUCACAGUCAUUGUGGAGGAAUCCCUCCAGCUUGAGUGAAUCGGAUGCGUUCGCAUCGCGGAUCGUUCCCAUUCCGGACCGCUCCGUGUUGCAUGUUGAUGGAAACGGCUUGGCAUUUUUCUUGCAUCGUGCUGCGUACGCGCGCCACCUCGCGAAGGUGAUCAAAGGCGGAAAUAACAAGCAAUUGCGGGCGCACUCUAAAGCUUGCACAGUGCCCAAACAAUCCUUGUCGACCGAGCAAGUGCGUCGGCUUUUGCCCAACUUUAUGCCUCUCACGCUACUAUCGGAUGCUGUUCGGGAGUUUGCGUCUCAACUGCAGGAUAAGCACGGCAUGAAGUUGUUGGUGUACUGGGAUGGUGAACAACGGCGAGUUUUCAAGCACGAGACGGAUAAACAUCGUCAGACGCGUCGACCCGAGGAAUGGUCCAACGUUCAGCACUACUGCCAGUACGGCAUGAUGCCAGCGUCGAAAACAAUUUGUGAAUGGGAGUACGUGUUUCCAAAGAGCCGACUAUUCACCACGCAGAUUAUGAACGUACUACAAACCUGUGGUGCAGAAACGAUUCAUUGCGAAGAAGAGGCCGAUCACAUUAUCGCCGAGCGGGCUUCCAACAACCCGAACCACUAUGUUCUCGGCAACGACUCAGACUUUUGCUUUUUUCCGAACGUGAACUAUAUUCCGUUCGCGACGCUGGAUGCACAACACAACACGACCACGGCCUGUGUUAUUCGUCGAGCAGAGAUUGCGGAAUCCAUUGGUCUUCCGGAGGAGCUCAUGGUUGAGUUAGCCAUCCUAAUGGGGAACGAUUACGUGGACCCUCGAGGCGCCAAGCUGAAUUUCCAUUCUCGCAAUGUUUACGAUCUAGUGGAGCAUCUUCGGGAUCAGGUGGAGAGUUAUCGAGUCACUAGCCAGGUGGCCGAGAUUGAGGAGGCUCUGCGCUUUAUCCGGAUUCUCUACAACUUUGGUGAUUUGUCGGAAUUUCCGUUCGACGAACGUGACUCGGCUGGCCGGGUCAUUGAUGAGAACGAUAUGGCCUGUGAUAGCAUUUUGGAUAACAUAGCUCUGCGUCCGACGAUUCCAGACGAGGUUCCUCUCGAAUUGGCAAAACUUCGUCCUUUCUCAGAUAUCUCCAUAAAGGACGCCGCUCUCCCUGAGCAUCUGGAUGUUUUUCGGGAUAUGGCUCUGACAAAAUGCGCGAGUCCCGGGAUUCAAAAAGGAGCCUGGCGUCCUCUAUGGGAAGAUGUACCGGCGGCAUAUUUGAUUGAAAAGAUUGUUGCUCAUUCCUUUGAGGAAAGUGGCGAGUCUCCUGUAGUGCGGGUCUACGAUCCCUUUCAGAUAUUUGAUCAACAUAUAUUUCAUGAUUGUUUACGCCAGCGAAGGGCACAUGAAAGGACGCGAAAGAAAGACCCUGUGUCUAAAGCGGUCGAACCUUCGAUCAAGCCAAGAACAUCAACAGGGGAAGAGCGAUUAGUUCUUCCGGUCGAUGAACACGAGGAAAUCAUUCUUGCAUCGGUGCGCACGAAUCGAGUAACUAUUAUUCAAGGUGAAACUGGAUGUGGGAAGUCAUCUCGCAUCCCGAUUAUGCUUCUGAAAGCACCGUGCCCGAUCCCGACGAUGAAUCAGUCGAAAAUGUACAUUUCCCAGCCUCGUCGCAUCGCAGCGAAAGCACUAGUCGAGCGAGUUCGAUCUGUCGAGCCGGAGUUAAAGAAUGCCAUCGCUUUGCGAAUGGGGCAUGGAGUUUGCGAAUACGAGUCAAAGAAAACAAGGGCAUGGUUCGUAACAACUGGAUACCUUGUACGAGUGUUGGCGAAUCAUCCUGAAAAAUUUGAUCGCAUCUCGUAUUUGGUAAUUGAUGAGGUACAUGAGCGUUCGGUUGAUACCGACAUACUUUGCCUUCUCUGUCGUCGUCUGCUAAAAGUUAACCAAAACAUUCGUCUGGUUUUAAUGUCAGCAACACUGGCUGCGUCUCUCUAUCAGGAGUACUUCAAUACCACUGAGCCCCCAAUUAAAGUAGGGGCUCGUCGGUUUCCCGUCAAGGAGGUUUUCCUGGAAGACCUGCAAGAACAGGUGGCAUUUUCGCAAAAGGAGGAGAAGACAGUGAAUCAACUCGCAAGCGAGUGCAACAAAAUGAAAUGUGCGAAGCCACCAUCACUGAGCUACAUGGAAAAAAUUUUCUCUCUUGUUUCGCAUAUCGCCAUGUUUGUAGGUCGACCUGGAUCUUCAGUACUCAUAUUUGUUCCUGGAAUGAACGAAAUCGUCGCCAUUACCGAGCUUGUGGAACAGCUAUUUAAACCGGGCGUCAGGUUCACUUGCUUUCCGAUCCAUAGUGAUAUUCCGUUUGAAGACCAGAUGAUUGUUUUCGAUGCUACUGCAGAAGAUGAGGUCAAAAUCAUUAUCGCAACAAAUGCUGCAGAGAGCUCGGUAACGCUUCCUGAUGUUGAUCAUGUCAUCUGUCUAGGGCUUUGUAAACAAAUCGUGUACAACGAAGCUUCGCACAGACAGAUUUUGAUGCCUACAUGGAUAUCGAAAGCGAGUGCAACGCAAAGGGCUGGACGAACAGGCCGACUCCGACCUGGAACUGUUUAUCGUAUGUACACUCGAGAAGUUUACCGUCAUUACAUGGAUGAUUUCGAACCAGGGGAGAUGGUCAGAAUUCCUCUUGAUUCCGUCAUUCUCAUGUUGAAAGAAAUGCUGUCCGACGAGGACGUCACAAAAGUGCUCCUGGAUUGUCUUGAACCGCCCAACAUUGCAACAAUCGACCGCUCAUUUCAAAGCCUCUACAAGUGUCGAUUUAUCACUUCGGCAGAAGGCGACUGCGAGAUUACCUCACUUGGAUCAUUCGUUUUGGCUAUGGGAGUUGAUCUUUUGCUCGGGUCGCUUGUUGGUCUUGGUAUACAGUUUGGAGUAGGCGCUGAAGCUGUUCAGAUGGCCGCCGUUCUUUCCUUUCCCAAAACUCCGUGGAUUAUGUCAAACCCUCUGAUUCAUGAAAGUAAGGAUUACAACGAAAUGACCACAAAAACGUACGUGUCCCGGUGCCAUUUCGACGCAAACCUUUUCUCUGAGCCCUUGUCGGCGAUGAAUCUAAUUUGGGAAUUUGAACAAGCAAAAAAUCAAGCAAAUUGGUGUUGGAAAUUCGGUAUUUCCUAUCCUCGGAUCAAACGGCUAGCUGCCACCAGUUCCAAUUUUAGACGCCGUGUGGCUGAUUUUCUCAGUAUCUCGACGAAUGACUUGGAAUUAGACGCUCCACCACUUUUCAUGCCUCAUUCGAAAGUGACGCUUUUGCGUGUGAUCCAAGUUUGGGUAUUCAACGAUUCAAUUAUUGAAUGUCGCCCCAGACCUUUCACGAAAGGAGUCUCAGGCGACAAGAUGAGAAUAGAUCUGGGGAAGAAUAGCAAAAGAAUUGAUGACGAGCAUCUCCAUCAAAUUCUUAGCAAGGGUCGCCAUCCUUUCGCUCUUCAUGGAUAUCAAGAGAUCGAACAAAGGGGUUCUUUCGAAAUACAAGGUGCGAGCUCUGAUAGUGGUAUGGUGAGCGGAGAUUUUGAGGAACGGUUUCUAUCCUAUGCCGUCGAGAAAGAAAUAAACGUCGCCUGGAUUACUUCGCCUUCAUCUUUUGUCCUAUAUGUCCGUGCGGAGUCCUCUAAAUCCAAGCGCUUUGCCGAAAUCUUGACAACCAUGCGACAAAGCCAAUUCAACGAAUCUUCAAAAUUUGCCUUUGAAAGCUCGAACAAGAAAGGAAGGGGAGAGAGACCAGCAGGGAUGUGGAGCUUUGCCGAUGUAACCGAUGGAAGGAAAGAAACAGGGACAAUUUUUAAACGCUUUAUGACAGAAUCUUUGAAUCAGUCUCAGAGAAGAUUUUUUACAAAAGCCCUUUGCGAUUACCUGGAAUCACAACCUGCGCUCAGUGGUGUUUCCUGUGAUUUGCUGAAAAAUACAGCCAAACCGAUUCAAAAGUUCUCGAUUGUUUCUCGGGGGAGGAGCAACGCAAUCUCGCCUGUUGAUCUGAACGAUUUGUUUGCAGCAUCCGGGAUAAUUACAAGCAAGGUAGUCAAGCAAGGUAACCAAGCGAUCAUUUUCUCCAACUCUCCUAGCAUGCCACUCGAAUGCGGAACAAAAGGAAAGCACUCGGCGAGCGUUGAAUCUAGCUGGGACCGCCCCAUCUUUCAUCCCAUUCCAGAAGGUGCUAGAAUUUUAUCCAUUCUGGCCUCUGGACGGAGGAAGGAGCAUGUAGUGCGCCUAAGCUCUUUGCCAUCUAAGGACACACUGGCGAAUGGAACCUCCCCGGAUAGCCUCGAUAUCUACAUGGAGCCUGGCACCACGAAUGUUUCUAAGCGCUGGAAACGUUUUAACACGGCCAUCUCUGUUUACGUUCAGGAAAAUUCCGUGCCUGCCUCAGCACUUCCAAUGAAUACAGAGGCUAUUAUGUAUUGUUGCUGUGCUAACACCCUUGAGGUCAGAGGGGGCGGUUUACGUGUAGAAGGCCUUACUUUGUUGCCACCUGGACGCCCCUUUCUCCUGCUAUGUCGUUUGGCAUUUGGGCUUUUCCAUCAGAAGCAUUCAGUAGAGGGAACACUGGAGGAUACGUGCUUGCAGUGGGUAUUGCAGGAUCUUGGUAAUGAUUCGACUUUAGGCCUUUCGCAGGACGAGAUGAAAAUUCGGAUUAGAAAAGCUAUGUCAUUUCACCGCUCAGUUGGUGACCUAGGAGAACAACUUGUGUGUUUUGACACGAAAGUCGCACCUCUUUUGGAAGUUUUUGAUGGGGUCGAUGGGUAUGAAUCAAAGGUGUGGAAAGAUCUGAAGAAUAAUCCUAUGACAAGCGACAACCUUAAGGCGUCUGCAACAAAGUCGAUCGAUUGGAAGAGCCAGUCAGCUGAGCUCGUCGAAAUGCGAACGCUACCGAAGCAGCAUGCCAGUGAUCGGCUGGUUUCCAAAAAAUGUGGUGAAUUCGAUUUAAAAAAACGAAGUCCCAAGAAGGACGAGUCUUCUGGUGGGGACACGGAUGAUGAUCUCCAAAGGAUACUCGCAGCGACUCAACACUUAUCCGACGAAAAAUGUUUGAACCAUCAAGCAGAGAAAGUAAAGGCCAAAAACCGGAAGAAGCGCGCAUCUAAGGGCAAUAGGGUGGUCCCUUCCAUUGAACCUGUCAUCUUCGAGCAGAUCACAAAUCCGUUCGAACUUGUUCCGCAAAGCUUAUUCCUGACGGAGCUACCUGACGGAGUUGUUCCUAUUGCCAACGAGCUUCACUCUACAAACAUCUUGGCGCUUGUUAUCCAGCAUUAUAUGAUGCAUCUCAAAGACACAAGGGACCCUCCUUAUUGUUUCGAAGGAGAUUGGUCACUUUACCGUGGGGAGCUGGAGGGUAAACAGUACUUCUAUGCAAGGUUUCUAAAUCGAAGUAUACUCUACAGGAAACAGGCGAACGGUAUACAAGCCAAGCAAUUUAUAGUUCCUAAAUGGAUACGAGAAAAUGAACCGCGCCCCUCAUCGGUAAAGGACGCUAUCAAUUGUCUCCCUCCAAGGUUCUCUGAGUUGCUAGGAAUAUCUGUAGCUGCUAUUGAUGGUUGCAACAUACUGCUUUUCUCAGAUGUGACUUCCGCGAUGCGAAUGGAAUCGGCAUUUUGGCUUGAACGACAUUUUCGUUCGUCUGCGAUUCAUUGGUACGAGCAGUCUCCUAUAGGUGCAACAACAGCCAAUUCUUUGUAUUUCGAAAGUUGUACCGUCAAAGAUGCCUCACCAGGGGUAGCGUAUCAGGAGUCCGAUUGACUUGGGUCACGCCAUGGCAUAAGGAGCGACGGAGGCACGACCAUACGCACUCUAGAGUCAUCAUCUGUCCUUAGAGCAAGAAACGAAAUCGGAGUCUCCUUCGAAGUGACGGACGUUUCCGUCAAGUUGAAUAUACGGAUCGAAAGCAUCGUCAUACAUGCGUGAAUUGAAUGCCAAAUUAUAACCAAAAGACUACAUCCCACUAUGUAACUCUUCGCAACUUCCAACGGAUCCUCUUUUUAUUAGUCGUUGAAAUCUGACUGGGAAGGCGAUGCAGAGAUAUCCUACUAGGAUUGCCGUUGUCCUUGAAUUGAGGUGUCAAUCCCUUCGUACUCUUGCCAUUCGUGCUUAUAUCGACUAAUGUACGCCAAAUAUUCUUCGUGCUCAUCCAGCAUCAUGUUUUCGGCAACUUCGUCUUCAUGGUAAAUUUUGCCUUCUUGAAAAUUUUGUAUCCACGAAGCCCGAAUUGACACCAAAGCCAUUGUCACAACUCCAACGCUGAGGAACAAGACGAAAGCCCAGCUGGAAGCAGCCAUCCCCGUUGUACACAUAGAGUCGUGUAUUGCUUCGUGAUAGAUAGGCUGGACUCGGCUACAUCCGAGCGAACUUGACAUGCUAUGGAACGCUGUUCGAAUAAGUGUCAUGAGCCUUGCAGUGUCGCGAGUAUCCACGAGAAGCUGUUCUAUUUUUUCCCCACCGCACAUUUCAACGAGGUUGAAACGACCCGCUGCAUCUACUGACGAAAGAUGACGCCACGUGAUGUCAACGGCUACUUGAACGUUGGCUUCCAAUCCCAAGAGUAUGCUAGAAGGAUCACUUGCAUCGCAUCCUUGCGUAAUUGCCGCAACAAACGCACCGACGAGACCACCUUGUUCUACCCCUUUCGCCUGCAUAAUGUGAUGAAUGGUUUGUCCAGGAUAGCCACUAGCUUCACCUUGAGUACAAGCGUCAUUUCCCAUGGCUGCAACCAGUGCCGAUAUAACGGCUACGAUCCAGCAGCAGCAAGAAGAAAAAAUAAACAUGGGAAGUACGCCAUACGACAGGAAAAGCUGAAAGCGAAAGUUCGAUUCUUUUUUCCAAGAAAGAACGACACCAAACAGUGCAAAGGCAAUAAGAGUACUGACUCCAAACAAAAGAGUAGGUACAACCCAAAAAAAUGCGCGAGCUCCAUCUGAUACCACCUCGAGAAAGUUGAUUGAUUCUUCGAUACCAAAAAGUACUCUGUCAAUAUCAUAUAGGGAUCCUUUUAUCGUCUCUUGGAGGACCACAUACUCCCCCCCAAAUAGAUUAAGCAUGCCGCCAAUAUCAACCCCCAGCUUAGUUCUCAAUUCUUGUUCGGACGAAAGUGGGCAAAGAAGGUCGACGCUUGCAGGUAUCGUCUGGAUGAAAAAGAGAGUACCAUUGAUUGCUCUUUCGGCAGUACUCGCCCAUACUGUUGCUUGAUCCAAUACUUCUUGAGCAUCUGAUAGAUAAGCACCCACAUCAUUUGUUGUCUUGUUGAAA